UGGUGUCACAAACGGCGCGUCGUUAAACGCUCUUUGGCGUUUGUUGUUGAGAUUCUAACCACCAGAAAGUUUUAGGGAUGUUGCACCUCACAAAGGAACUGGCUGAAAUUUUUGCUGAAGACUCUGACAAUGAAAAAACGUUUUGUGGCUUUUGUGAAGAUGAACUGAGCGACCCCUGUGACAAGAAUAGUGACCUGGAAGAUGAAUAUGAUGGUCAAAAUGGAGACCAGCCUUCUUGUGUUACCUCCAAGCAACAGAAUGCCAAAACGUCAAAAACCUUCAGGUUGAGGGUGGCGCUCCAUUCGUCUCUGACUGACCACAACUCCGAUGAGGAUUGUGUUUGUGAUGAUGAUAAUGAUCACGGAGAGGAGGAAGAGAGUACCCAAAAGAGUCAGUCUGACUCUUUCCUGGUGAAGAGAGAGCGAAACAUUAAGGCAAACAAAGCCAUGUUGGCUCAGCUGAUGGCGGACCUGCAGAAGAUGUCUGGAGGCACCAGUCUUCUGAAAAAACAGGAAGUAAAGCAGCCCAGUGAAAAAAUAUCUCAUCCACCUCGCAUGAUACGGGAGUCCAGGAAGAACCCGGAGCAAGUGUCCCGCCGACGGACCCGCUCCAUGGGCCGAUGCGAGGACCAUUGUAGCGCACGAGAGGAUGAGCUUGAGCUCAGCUUGGAAGAACAGCUUCUGGAGGUCUGGCGAGCUCCGCAGCAACGUAGCACCCCACGGUCCAAUCCCAACCCUCACGUGAUCCGGCCCGUGGACGACAUCACGGAGGAUGAACUUCAACUGGUGGCCAACCACAUGACAGGCAAAAUCUACAACAGAGUCACCGGCUCCACGUGCCACCAAUGUCGGCAAAAGACGGUUGACACAAAGACAUGCUGCCGGAGCGAGGGCUGCCGAGGUAUCCAGGGCCAGUUCUGCGGGCCGUGUCUGAGGAACCGAUACGGAGAGGAUGUCAAGAAGGCUUUGCUGGAUCCGGAGUGGCAGUGCCCUCCCUGCCGAGGCAUUUGCAACUGCAGCUUCUGCCGGCAACGAGAAGGCCGCUGCCCCACCGGCAUCCUGUUCCCUCUUGCACAAUACCACGGCUUCUCGGACGUGCACUCCUACCUCAGCAGGUACCUUUCAUCAGUUGAGGUUGACGAUGGUACAGAUAUCUAUUGUAGGCUAUGAAGUGGAUGCUGUGAUUUAGUUUGCGGGACAGUCACAUUUUGUUUUGUGUUUAUGACUGGAAACUAACUUAAAAUGUGUAACACAAACAUCUCAUCUUUCAGUCUCCGCAACAAACUUGAAGAGUGAUGGUGACGACUUAGACAUGUGAACUUGGGAAUGAUUAUUUUAGUUUUAAACAAAUAAAGUUUUUUUUCUUUGAUGGUUGAGCUGUGCUUUAAGUGGGAAAUACGUGUAUAUAAAGUAAGCAAAAGUAAGAGAAUGAUUUUAAUCCAGCUGUUUGCAUUUGCAGUAGUAUACAAUAUAAAAUCCCUCAUUUAGAACAGGCAGUGGGAAGAAAAAGAGCACUUGUAUGUAGAGUUUGCAACAAAAAAAGGAAAGCCUGACACAUGGGGUCUAAGGAAGACAUUCUCACAGUGGUGAUGAGCAUCCUUCCAAAUUGACCUGUUGAAUACACUGAGCAACUUGAGCCAAACUCGUCGUGUCGCACUGAUUACUUUGUCCAGUUACAAUUCAACAAAAGACAUGACCACUCUUCAUUUCCACUUAUUUGUGUGUGAACUUUGGUCUGAGCAUUUGCGCCGUACAGCUUUGAACAAAAAUAUUUCACAAAUAAAAAUUAACUCCACAAGGCAAAGUGUCAGCUGGUACCACAGAGUGGGGAGAUGAAAAGUUCUUGGAACAUAAUGACCGUACACAAAUGCAUCGUUCACUUGAUCGACAUACAACAACAAAACUCAUAAUAUGAUUUAAGAUUGUGCGCAAGAGGCAAACAACUAAAAAGGCAACCUCUCACAAUCAACAAGGACCAUUCCGGCCUCGGCUAAGAUUGCUGGGAUUUCUUUUCUUAGCAAAUAGAUAUUUUUAUAUAUAUAUAUACACGAAGUUAUUUUGCAAUGAAACAAUUAAUCCUAGCACUUUAACUUGGCUGUGUACCUAAGCAUGUUAAAUAAUUUCAUUUGUCUCAGCAGUCACAGUUACCGUAGUAAGGAUGAUGUGGAAAAUCCAGUUCUCUCAAAGAAGAAAAAAUGCUCCAUUUGGCAUUAAAGAUGGAUUGGAUGUAGUUUUGAAACCAGUCAUGUGUUGCAUUGAGCAAAU